CUGUUGGGCUUACACUAAAGCCCUUGCGCCCGCUGCAGCUGAUGUCUAGUGAAAAUAUAAACCCAUAAUUCCAAUACAGUUUCGUAGCAAAAGAUAUCCUUUAGAUAUUAAAUCCUUCUUCCUAUCUUCCAUUGUAUGCAGAUUUACUGUGCUAAUUUUGAUAGAACUUGAGAUUAGAAUUCCAAAUUCCUAAUUACUGGCAAAAGUUGAACGGUGGAUAUCAAUGGAUUCACGGAGCGGCAUGGCUAUUUUAGGACGAGAAACUUUGUCACUGUAAAUUUCUCAUCCCAUGUAAAUAAUACAAAUCUUCCAAUCAAAUUAACAAUCUCCUUUUGCCAAAUGGUAACCAUUUUCCAGACGUCUUCAAUGACCCUCUAUGCUUCCAGAAGCAGGAAAAGCAGGAAACAGAAGCAACUAGAACGAAGACACGAACGAGAACACCUGAGCAGAAAUAGAAAUACCCUUUCUUUCCCAAGUUCAAGCCCAACCCCACUGCUAAUCAACUACAAACCUCAAACCCUGACCAAACUACAAGCCUUAGACAAUGUCGUUAAAGACCUCGAAUAUUCUAUUGGAAAGGGUAUAAAAAUUGAUACCCAAAUCUUCUCUUCCCUUUUAGAGACAUGCUACCAGUUAAAUGCUAUUGAUCACGGUAUCAGGAUUCACCACCUGACACCCACCAAUCUUUUACGUAAAAACCCGGGCAUUGCGUCGAAAUUACUCAGGCUAUACGCCUCCUGUGGACUUAUGGAUGAAGCUCACAAGUUGUUUGAUGAAAUGGCUAAGAGGAAUGAGUCAGCCUUUGCUUGGAACUCGGUCAUUGCAGGGUAUGCUGAACUGGGUCUAUAUGAAGAUGCCAUCGCGCUUUAUUUUCAAAUGGAAGAAGAAGGUGUUGAACCGGACCAGUUCACUUUUCCUCGCGUGUUGAAAGCUUGUGGGGGACUUGGUUUAAUUCAAGUAGGUGAGGCAGUUCACAGGGAUUUAGUCCGAUUGGGGUUUGCAAGUAAUGGGUAUGCGCUAAAUGCGCUUGUUGAUAUGUACGCUAAAUGUGGUGACAUUGUUAAGGCUCGAAGGAUAUUUGACAAGAUCCCUUGUAAGGUCUCUGUUUCCUGGAAUUCCAUGCUCACGGGUUACAUUCGGCAUGGGCUCCGAGUGGAGGCAUUGCAAACUUUCCGUAUGAUGCUUCAAGAUGGAAUUGAGUUGGAUUCAGUGGCAAUUUCCUCAAUUCUUGCCAACGUAUCUUCUCCACAGCUAGGAUUUCAAAUUCAUGGAUGGAUAGUUAGGAGAGGAAUGGAGUGGGAUUUAUCCAUUACUAAUUCCUUGAUUCUUAUGUACUCGAGUUAUGGGAAGUUGGAUCGAGCACGUUGGUUGUUUGAGCAUAUGCCGGAAAGGGAUGUCGUAUCAUGGAAUUCCAUAAUUUCUGCUCAUUGUAGAGACCCUGAAGUGUUAUCUUACUUUGAGAGAAUGGAGAAGGAUGUUGCUUUGCCUGACAAUAUCACAUUUGUGUCGAUACUGUCUGCUUGCGCUCAUCUGGGUUUGGUAAAGGAUGGAGAGAAACUUUUUGCAUUGAUGAGAAAGAAGUAUAGAAUAGAACCCAUCAUGGAACACUAUGCUUGUAUGGUGAAUCUUUAUGGGAGAGCAGGUCUAAUCAGUGAGGCGUAUGCCAUAAUAACAGACAAAAUGGAAUUUGAUGCGGGCCCAACUGUGUGGGGAGCAUUGUUAUAUGCUUGUUACCUGCAUACGAAUGUAGAUAUAGCAGAGAUUGCUGCUCAAACUCUAUUUGAGCUGGAGCCAGAUAAUGAACACAACUUUGAGCUUUUGAUGAAGAUAUAUGGUGAUGCAGGCAGGUUGGAGGAUGUAGAGAGAGUGAAAACAAUGAUGAUCGAUAGGGGAUUGUGAUUGUAAAUGUGCAUUGGUACGAUAUAUAAACAGAGGAAGCACGAUUGUGUUAGCCAUGCUUCUGCAGCAAUUUACUCUGUUAGCUGAGUGCAUAGGCGGACUGUAGACUAGCCCACAGUAUGCUAUAUGAGCUUCUUUUUCUCCCCAUGAUAAAUAAAUAAAUAAAAUUAUAAUUUUUUUUAAUAAAUGCAAUA